AUGUUUUCCGUUACUCGCCGUCGAGUCUUGGAUGGACUCAAUAGGAGAUAUAUCUACGGUCGCUUGCCUUUGCUGCAUGCUAUCAUUUUUAUGAUCGAGAUGGCGGCUGCGAUGCGGCUGGCCGCCAAGUUUAACUCUUACUAUGCUGAGAAACCAAUUCUUACAACGAUGGUUACGAACGCGGUUCUCGGUGGAAUCGCGGAUACCGUAGCGCAGUUGGUCACAGCCUUCAAGGCAAGAACUGAACACACACGAUCUAACGGUGACUUCCUCGCGAUCGAAAUCCAUGAACUAGACAAGGAAAAACCACCGGUGCUAGGAGAACUCGGCCUCGCAAGGGGCUUGCCGCCACCCUUCGAUUUUGAACGACUUACCCGCUUUAUGUCGUACGGUUUCUUCAUGGCACCAGUCCAGUUCCACUGGUUUGGCUUCUUGUCUAGGGCAUUCCCACUCACCAAGAAGAGCCAGACCAUCCCUGCGUUAAAGCGGGUGGCUGUAGACCAGCUCAUCUUCACUCCUAUCGGAUUAGUGUGCUUCUUCACAUUUAUGACUAUUGCUGAGGGUGGUGGAAGACGAGCAUUAGCCCGUAAGUUUCGCGAUGUAUAUUUGCCGACUCUGAAGGCCAACUUUGUCCUAUGGCCCGCGGUCCAAAUCCUGAACUUCCGAGUCGUACCCAUCCAGUUUCAAAUUCCUUUUGUGUCGUGCAUCGGUAUUGCGUGGACUGCAUACCUCUCUCUUACAAACUCCUCGGACGACGAGUAA